UUUUCUUAUUGUUGUUGUUAGAUACAGUCGAUGCUAAGGGAAGUAGCACUGGACAACAUACUCCAUUUGAAUCUGUGGAUCCAUCAGAUCUGGAUUGCUCCCUGUGUAUGAGGCUCUUCUAUGAACCUGUCACCACGCCUUGUGGACACACCUUCUGUCUCAAAUGUCUUGAGAGAUGCUUGGAUCACAACCCCAAAUGUCCCCUGUGCAAAGAAGGGCUCUCAGAGUGCUUGGCUAUGAGGAAAUACUGCAAAACAGUACUAAUGGAGGAGUUAAUAGCUAGAUAUCUUCCAGAGGAACUCACUGAAAGAAGAAAGAUUUAUGAAGAGGAAAUAGCAGAGCUUUCCAACCUCAAUAAGAAUGUUCCUAUAUUUGUCUGCACAAUGGCUUAUCCUACAGUCCCGUGUCCUUUGCACAUCUUUGAGCCCUGUUAUCGCCUGAUGAUUCGAAGGUGCAUGGAGACUGGCACCAAGCAAUUUGGGAUGUGCAUUAGUGACCCUGUGAAGGGGUUUGCAGAUUAUGGCUGCAUUCUGGAGAUAAGAAAUGUUGAAUUCUUUGCUGAUGGUCGCUCUGUUGUAGACAGCAUUGGCAAGAGGAGAUUUAAGGUGAUACAGCACAGCCAGCGUGAUGGCUACAACACAGCAGAUAUUGAGUACAUCGAGGAUCAAAAGGUGCAAGGACAAGACUAUGCUGCGCUGCUUGUUCUCCAUGAUUCUGUCUACGAUCAGGCAUAUAUGUGGUUUAAUUCACUCAAGCAAGCACUGAAGAGUAGAAUUCUCAGUCACUUUGGUCCAAUGCCAGCCAAGGAUCCUGACCCACAGGUAUCCAGAAUCAGUGGUUUAUGUAACUUCAGAGACACAGGUAGCAAGGAUAGCUGAUAACUGGGAAGCAUCGUCUUCUGUGAGGAGAAAUAAGAAUGUUCAUCACUUAUCCUGCAUAAGCAAAGUAUCUGGGUUAUGUUGCCAUGCACCAGUAGCAGCACUGUUGUGAACAGAAAGCUCAUACGUAAUGUUGGUAACUUCCUGAGAAUACUUAACCCACACAAUGAAUCCCGGGAGAUGUAAAUGCCUUUUUGCCUACUCUGCUUCCCCAAUUAAAUGAGUAAGAGAAAAUAGGGAAGGAAACUCAUUACUCUGGCUCAAGGACUGCAAAUUACAGGGAUCCUGAAAGAACAAAAUGUAACAACAGAAAUUAAAUAUGAAACAAGUAUAAAGUACAAAGAAGGGACCUAGGUAUCCCGAAGAACUGGAUCCAGUAAUGAAUUAGGGAAAAAAAUGUAGAAAGCCCAACCUACAGACUUCUUGCUUUUUUUUAAA